UUUCAUAAACACACCCUUUUCCCUUUCCCUGAGAGGUUUUCUCGGAAUAAAGAAGAAGAAAGGGGGGAUUAGAGAAAAUACAAACACAAUCUCAAAGGGUCAAUGGUGAAAGCAAAUAAUAGGGUUUGCUAAUUGUUUGAUUGCCACUUGACACAGAGAACAUUCAAAAGAGAAAACAAACAAUCAUGAAGGUUCAGGUUGAGGUUCAAGUUCACUCAGGGCCCAGAAAGCGCAACAUCAGCAUCCAAUACGACAUGAAUGGGAAUGGGAAUGGGAAUGGAAGGAACCCUCUUUCGGAGGCACAGGCGCUUCUGGGUCUCACCACCAAGAAGCUGAGGAGGCUUCCACACGUGUUCAGCAGGGUACUCGAACUCCCUUUUCGUUCCGAUGCUGACGUGUCGGUGGAGGAAGCCCCCGAUUGUUUCCGAUUUGUGGUGGAGACCGACGCCAUCGGCGAUGUGGAGGCCCACACCGUGGAAAUCCAUCCUGGGGUCACAAAGAUUGUGGUUAGGGAAAGUGGGUCGAUGGAAUUUUCAUUGAACGAGCUCGAACUUGAUAUCUGGAGGUUCCGGCUGCCGGAAUCGACGCGGCCGGAGCUGGCUAGCGCCGUCUUGGUUGAUGGGGAGCUCAUCGUGACGGUGCCAAAGGGUGAGGGUGAGGGUGAAGGUAAAGGUGAAGGUGAAGGUGAAGAUAUGUGGAGUGAUGAGAAUAGAGGUAUAGGUGGUGCUACACUUGUGCUUGUACAGUGAUUUAACCUUGUUCGCCUUUUAGUAUGCAAGUUAAGUUUCAGGUCGUUGUUGGAUUGGAACUUGUUUUUUUUUCUCUUUGCUCUUGUUGCUGUUCAAUCAUAAACAUGUUCUUUUCACCUAGUAAAAAUGGUCUGGUCCUAAUCCUUUCACAAUUGU